ACCAGCCUGACGUCAUGGCGGCUUGUCGUCAAUCGGCGACAGCGCGCAGCUAGAUAUUUGGGAUGUGACAUUCGCAGUGCGAUGGAUAACGGGGAAUCGACGUCGACGUCAAAUGGAAAUGCGAGCGAAGCUAGCACGGCUACACCGAAGACAAAUGCGAACGCCGAACCAUACUGCGAAAAGUAUUACUCCCUGCUCAAGCGAUACAACGCCAUCCAAAAGCAAAACUACCAUCUCAUGUAUCGGAUACAGCGGGUCAAGAAGCUUACGACAAGACUGACAAAGGAAAAAAGGUUUCUUACACAACGUCUCAACAACUACAAGCAAGAAAAACAAGCAGCCAUGUCCAUGACGCAGUAUGCUAUGGAUGACCGGCAGUUCAGGAGGAUCAAGCAAGAGCCCAUGGAUCCGCAGGCACACCACGUAGUUAACGAAUACCUGUGCCGAAAACGAAAGGAGAAGUCCAUCAAAACCAGUUGACACCAGCAUCUGAAGAGUUCUUUCCCUGUCUACAGCAUUACCACUUCGAACAUUUUGUGCACUUGAACUGCCUGCUGUGUAUCCCAUUCUCGACACCCGCCCUGUGCUUCGACAUCUUCAGGGAAUGGUGGAAGGAUGUGUGCUUGUGACAUUCUGUUUGUUGACGGCUCAUGUGACAUUUUCAACCAUCAUUCACCCCUUUCUUCUUCUUCGUCGUCAUAUUUUUUUUUCCCUGACAAGGAGACAUCGCUGUUGUGCAGUGCUCAAGAAUACUGUGUUUGUGUUACGCUGGUGAUCUACUGAGUCAGAUCCAGAUUGUGAUUUCAUUUAUCUGUUGCACUGAGGAACCUUUCUGGCCUGUUCAGUGUUUUCUUAAUGCUUUGUUAUUACGCUUGUGCAAAUGUGGCACAAUCUAAGACAAAUUGUGAUUUGAAUUAUGUAUGUCAAUGUGUGUUCACUUUCUGUGCGCUGGUGUAAUAUAACUUUGUGUUCAUCAGAUGCGCAGAGAGCACUACUGUGCAUGUUAGAUUGUAUUAUACAUAGAAAUUCUAGUUCUUGUGUUGUCAUCUGAAGUGCUUGUAUUGUGGUUACUGCAGCAUGUUUCACACCAGCAUGCAUACUGGUGCUCAUGUAGCAUCACAAAGUACGUAUUAUGCGACUACAAAGUCCAUGAACUCAUCAAUUCCUCCAUAAGCAUUGCAGUCCUCUGCAUCAGUAGACAAGGCAUUAGCACGUCAACUGUUAUUGUCUCUCUGCAGUUACAUUCUUUUGCUCAUUAUCAGUGUCGGCAUUUGUUUCAAUCAGCUUGCCACACCCCUACCAAACAAGGUGUAGUUUGAGCAUGUUAUGUCGCAUGGACAGGUUUCAUGUGAUUGCAUUUCAAGAUUACCCAAUACCAUCCUGGAACUGUGGCAGCUUAAUGAGAAUGGCAAUACCACUACCAUACACAUGAAAUAUAUAAUCUAAUUGUUUUUUAGUAAUGAGUCUAGAUAUUUAAAACCAUCAUGCAACCACAAAAUAGCCAUGUGGGGCAUAGACAUCUGUUACCAAGCAUCGUUCUGCACUGUAUUAUUUUUGAAGCUUAAAUAGCUGAGGACUGAAGAAAAUCACUGUCAGCUUUCCUCUAUGGUCGUUAUCACAGUAACCUUUAUGAAAUGCACAUUUUCACAUUUAAAUGUGACAGCCACACGGUUGAUUUGAAUAACAGUAUUAACAGUGCUGUUUUUAUUGUCCUGGUUGUAUUUUUUGUCAGGUUUAAAGGCAACAUUCAACAAUGUGAAAUACACUGAAGCAAUUUGUAGGUAUAACUGCAGUGUAAAACAUCAUUCUAUAGCAUGUGUAACACAGCACACAGCGUUUCAGUUAUGUAUGAAUAACUUCUGUAAAAUUUUAUUGUAUAAAUGUGAAUUUCAAGCCUGAUGAAAAAUCAAGACAUCAAAUCCAACCUGGCUGUUACUUCUGAAUGUCAAAAUGUACACCUUUCAUAAAGAUCACCGGGAUAAGCCGAAACAAGCAUUAAUAUUGUGCUUGUGCAUUUUGAAUUCGUAUGUUAACCUAGAAUUAGUUUUUCUUUUGCUGCGACUGCUGCGUGCGAUGACAGGGUACUACGUGUGUUCUAGUACCUGCAGUACAACGUAAACAUGUCAUUUAGUGUUUGUCAAAUAAAAUUACUGCGAUGUUAGUCUCGUUUGACCAAUGCUAACUGUGAUCGCUCUCGGCAAAUAAAAUCAAGCGUCUGCUUCA